CUAAUCAAACAGUCACGUGAUACUAAUACGAGAAUCAAGAUGGCGACGUAGGGUACUUCCCUAAAGUCGACAGAAGUCUUCUGUUAAAUAUUGAGGUUUCAUUAUUAUGUAAAACUCUGCAAAUAACGAAGUAUCAAGACAUGGCAUCGGGUGGAGGUUUUCAACGUGUUACGAACCCUUUCGACUUGCCAACAUACCAGAAACGAAUUCGUCAUCUCCGAAGUGUCGCUGUGAGGAACUUGGUAUGCAACACCUACCGUGGUAUCGAGGUGAUGAAGAUGCAGACCUUCUUCACGCUGCAUCGCGACACAACCUCUUCAGCAUUUUACACAAGCGAGAAAGCUGUCGGCUCAGUGAAUCCUACAUGGAAGAGCUUUGACAUCAGCAGAUAUGAAAAAGAUGUCAAUUUGAAAUCCAAAUCUGUUGUGGUGAGGGUGUGGGUGUGUCAGGACGAUCGGUUCACCCUGCUGAUAGACCUCACCAUCCACCUUGCCGGUCUGGCCUUCUUUGCCGAGAAGCUGCAGCACAGCGGCGUCAAGUACAAUCCAAACACCGUCAUCUUCGGCAUGUUUGACAAGUACUUUGUCUCUGCUGAUGAGUCCAAGGCCUCGCCUGAACUACAAAGACAGAUGUCUGAGAUACAAACCAAUCUUCCCAAUCCGGAGGGGCCAAGUUUUGUGUUUAAAGUAGACCAGACCAUGAUUCGAGGCGCAUACACAUCCAACUCUGUCUCACGUAUUCAGACAAUAUUGCGAGCCACACAACAAACUCAGGCCACUGUGAACAGAAUCCAUAGCUCCAUAGAAGAUCGUUUAUUGUCAUCUCAGGAAACUGGCCAGAAGCUGUCACGGCGGGAGGAGUUGCUGGUGAAGGUGUCUCAGCUGCGCAGUGAGCUGACGUGGCAGAUGAACCAGCUGCAGCUGGAGAAGGACAAGUACGACAGACAGAGAGGGGAGAGCACUCUGAGAGAACACGCUUUCCAUGAUCAGGAGUCCAACCUAGAGAAAAGCAAGACUCACCACGAAGAAAAGAAAAAGGCCUAUGUACAAACAAGGGAGACGCUGGUGAAGGAGAAUGCACAGCUGCUGAUACGGAGGAAGCAGUUGGUGGGAGAGAUGGCCACGUACAUAUAUCCCAUAGCAGAGGUAGGUCAUAACAAGAAGAAGCAUAUUUGUAUAUGUGGCGUGUGGCUGCCUAAUGCCGAGGAUUACCAAGGUCAGGACGAGACGAUGGUAGCUGUCGGCCUGGGCUACACUAGUCACCUGACCAUGAUGGUGUCGCAGUUCCUUGACCUUCCAUUGCGAUACAUGAUGGUGCACCGGGGUUCAAGGUCACAGAUCAAAGAUCACAUACACACGAAGCUCUCGGAUAAGGACAGAGACUUCCCGCUCUACAGCAAGGGGAAGGAGAAGUUUCAGUUCAACUACGGCGUCUUUCUUCUCAAUAAAAACAUCAGUCAAAUCCGGUUCUGCUGUGGCCUUGGCACGACUGACCUGCGGCUGACGUUGCCCAACUUCAGGACUCUGCUGGAACUCCGACUUGGGGUUAAACUGGAUGGACCUUCCACUCGGUCCCUUACUCCAACCAGUGGUACUGGGAAUAGUAUCACCAGCUCCACGGCACGGGAUAGUACGAGGAGUAUCGCAGGCUCCAGCUCCGCAUCCAGUCUGGCCCGCAAGGAGGAGGUGAUCUCCGCCCAACAGUACGACAGUUCCAACAAUGACACCACCAACACCUCCGACCUCGAGGACAAGGAGAACAGAGACAACAAUGACACCAUCAACAACCCCGACCUCGAGGACAGAGUCAACAAGGUCAGGAAACAGGAAUUUGAUGAAACAGACACUUUAUUUGAGGCAAAUGACGAUGAUUUCUUCAAGAUUAGCCAAUCAGCACCAUCUGGUGGUAACAUUAAUGUGAACUCGUCAGUGGAGGAUUUUGAUAAGGCAGUGAUUGACUUGCAAGGCAGUGAUGCAUUGAUUGACCAAGACGACAAGUUGAAUGAUAUGGAAGCUCUCAAGGCCACACUUCAUAUACACUUUGAUAACAGUGACAGCACGUCCAGCCCCAGCGUGUCAUACGACGAGGGGGACAUAUCCUCAGGCGAAGAACGCUUACAACAUCGUAAGCAUGGAGACCAGGUGCCUGCAGACCAGAUGGAACCAGUGGGAAGUGGUUGUGAUAGACAGUUCACGGAGAACAGUGACACAACUCACACAGACCUUACGCCAGUAUCAACGUUCAAAACAGGGGCAUUUCGGACUUUGGUGGGGAUUGAACGCGAGUCUUCUCCUGACACCAACUUGACGGAGGAUUAUCUGAAUACUGCGAAGGUUGUGUCAUAAUGAUACCUAGUGCUAAUUCUGGUCCUGUGGCGAUGGCAAUACAUCUUGGAAAAUAUCACAGGCUGAUUCUGGUGCUAGAGGAAGGGUCUUUCUCAGCACUCUAGGCCUUGUUCACACAGCAGUCUUUGGUUUGUAUAAUGGUUUCAGGAAAUGUAGAACAAGGGUUUUAAUUCACACAGAGCACAUGGCAUAUAUGCAGGCAGACAUAUUGGAACUCAAUUCCUUCUUCUCCCGGGCGGUUGGGUAGCCUGUUGGUUAAAGCGUUCGCUUGUCCAACGAAGACCCAGGUUCGAUUCCCGACAUGGGUACUAUGUGUGAAGCCCAUUUCUGGUGUCCCCCGCCACGAUAUUGCUGGAAUAUUGCUAAAAGCGGCCUAAAACCAUACUCACUCACUCACUUUCUACUCCCUCACUGAAGAGUACAUUUAUAACAUAAGCUGUCCGGAGUUAUCUCCCCUAGACCAUACCAUGAACACAUUAAGCUGUCCGGAGUUAUCUCCCAUAGACAACUACAUUGAGUGUACAUAAAGACAUAACACUCGGCAAUGGCUAACAGAUGUCUUUUUUGAAGUGGGAGUUGUAACCAUGGCAUCUGUGAUGACCUUGAACCUGGUGUAGAACAAGUAUGAUUGAUAUAUCUUAUGAAAAUCAGAUUAUGACAUUUGCUUGACAGAAAUGAAUGAAAUAAAAUAAAUGCACCUAAGGGAUCUAACUAUGAACUGACAGUGUUCUCACUGGAAAAUGAAUUACUUUGUAGACACAUUAUCAAAAUUGAUAUUUGAAAUUGCCCAGUAUACCGACCCAUAAAAAUGAAAUCGUGAUACAUAUGCUUGUAAGAAAGAACCAUGAUUUAUCCUUUACCAUGUACUCUGUGCACCAGGAAUAAAUUCUAAUUCAGGUUUCAUAAGAUCACUACGAUACACAAACGAAUGUCUGUGUACUUCUAUUUUAUACAGAUAUCAUGUUUAUAACGCAAACAGUAGUUGGUUUGAGAAAACUGUCUUGUCUAGCUGCAGAUUUAUGUUGAAUCAUUUCUUCGAGGUUAAAUUUAGCCAAGUUGUCAUAAUUUUAUGUGGAUGGUUAGAGUGUUUUAGUGAUUUUUCCAAGAUGUGUUACCAUAACGACAAGGCUAUUGUGAUAACAAGCUCUUUACCAGCCUACAUGAUGUAACGUUAUCUGCUGUAUGUUCCUGAGAUCCCUCCCAUGUGGUGUGUGAAUGUGUCAGUCAGUAUGCGGAUUUGUCCGUGUGUCAGAAGCCUUCAUAUUCCCACAGCGAUUCUGGAAUCUAUACAAAACACUACUUAUUUGGUCACUGCUUCAAGACAUAUCAUUUUUUCUCUUGAGGCCGAAUUCCCACUCUCCUACCCAGAUUUCCUUGCGGUCGGCAGCCAGCACAGUACCUCUGCCACAGGCCAGCGCCAUGUGACGUUUCGUCACAUCUUUCUCAGUCCAUUCAAGAUAUUGCAUAUGCUUUUCAUCCGUUUCAUGUUUGACGAGUCUUUUAUGCAAAACAAUAUGUAAAGCGCCCCCAAAUACUUGCAUUGGUCCGUUACAAACAAGAGAAAAGUCUGGUCACGUGAUAUGCAAAUUAGCCUGUGGCAGUGGUGUUAUGCUGAGUCGCCACUGUGCCGGAGUGGGGCGGAAUUUGGGGUAUUUUUCAACAUGUUCAACAACACAGUUUCCCAGACAUCCAUCUUGUCCACUGAAAUUUUUAUAUUUUGUUUAAACUUGAGGCAAGAUGUUUAAAAAAUAUUUUCUGGAACAAAUUAUUUAUACAGGAUAGGCCUCAAAUACUAGCUCAGUUGACUUCCAGAGUUUUUACAGAAGACAUCCACAGAAAUUAUGUAGGCAGGUAAGUGUGUUGUAAUCUGUUAGUAAGCAAGGCCACAACAAACUGUAUGUAUGUUUUGUUUUGUUUGUUCGUUUGUUGUUUAACGAUGCACUUGGCAAUAUUCCAGCUGUAUGACGGGGGUCUGUAAUUAAUUGAGUCUGGACCAGACAAUCCAGUGAUU